AUGUCGGCUCCCCAGAGUGUACAGUGCUUCGGCAAGAAGAAGACUGCUACGGCGGUUGCCCACUGCAAGAAAGGCAAGGGCCUCAUCAAAGUCAACGGAAAACCUCUCUCUCUCGUCCAGCCGGAAAUCCUGCGUUACAAGGUCUACGAGCCACUCCUGAUUGUCGGUCUCGACAAAUUUGCCGAUGUUGACAUCCGCGUCCGCGUUACCGGUGGUGGUCAUACUUCUCAGAUCUACGCCAUCCGCCAAGCCAUCUCGAAAUCAAUCGUCGCUUACUACCAGAAAUUCGUCGACGAGUACACGAAGAACCAGUUGAAACAGGCUCUGGUGCAAUACGAUCGUACACUCCUGGUUGCCGAUAACAGACGGUGUGAGCCCAAGAAGUUUGGUGGGCCGGGUGCAAGAGCGCGGUACCAAAAGUCGUAUCGUUGA